CAAGUUUGCAAUGAUGCCCCAGCCUUUGCGUGUGCCAUGACAACAUUCCAAGUCCUCGUGUGUUAGCGACGAUGCAUGUGCUCUGCUCUUUGCUUUAUUUGUUCGGAGGAUCGGACAUGGUUUUAUCCGUCGCCCCAAACAUUAUUUGCAUACAUGACGACGCUCUGUUGGAUUGGGACGCCCUCUAUCUGCUCGCAAGGUCUCAUCCAGCAGCUUCAUCGAUCCUAGCUACAUUCCUUAGUGAACAGUGAGGGGACACCCCCCCCCCCCCCCUGAGAUAGAGAGAGAGGGAGAUGUCUGACAUCUGGAGCGUUGUGCGAUGGUGGGAGGAUUGGCAGCUGCGCAUCCUCGUCCUGGGCAGCCUCGGCCUGCAGUGGUUCCUCCUGCUGGCCGCCCCCAUGCGCAAGUACACCAUCCCGCGCAUCUUCCGGACGUGCAUCUGGCUGGCCUACAUCUCCAGCGACGCCCUGGCGAUCUACUCCCUCGCCACGCUCUUCAACCGCCACGCCAGGGCGAUGCCCGCCGGCAGCGGCGCAGCCUGCCCCCGCGGCAUUCCCGACGGCAGCAAGCAGCAGCAGUCGAGCAGCAUGCUGCUGGAGGUCCUGUGGGCCCCCAUCCUCCUCAUCCACCUCGGCGGGCAGGAGGAGCUGACCGGCUACGAGAUCGAGGACAACGAGCUGUGGACGCGCCACACCGUGACCCUGGUCUCCCAGGUCGCCGUCGCCGUCUACGCCUUCUGCAAGUCGUGGCCCAGCGCCAGCGACUGGAAGCUGCUCGCGGCCGCGGUGCUCCUCUUCGUCAUCGGGGUCGCCAGCUUCAGCGAGAAGCCGCUCGCCCUCAACCGGGCCAAGAUCAAGAGGCUGGCGGCCGUGUCGGCCUGGGUGCAAGGGACCAAGAAGCCGUCCAGGUGGAGGGAGCGCCUGAACCAGUUCUUCCUGUUCGAGGAGAGCAACUGCUUCGCGGCCGGGAUGCAGCAAAGCCUCUCAGCAGCAGGUGGGGAGGAGGGCAGCAGCUUCGCCGACCUGCUGCGGAGGUUCUCAUCCUGUGGGACGGAGGGCAGGAAGAAUCAGAAGAAACCGGCGGUCGCCCUGUCUGAGCCGGACAAAGUCCUGAUGGUCCUUUCAGAUAUGUCACUGCUAGCUGCUGCCAAGGACCUGGUUGCUCGAGGGAAAGCUGCUAGGGUGGAGGAAGUUCUGCCACCUCUGCCCGUCGCCGAGAAAGCCCUGCCGCGCUGGCUGCGCAGCGCCUUCGCCUUCAUCUAUACCAGAGCCAGUGUGGUCGUCACUCCCCUAUACCUGGUCUACCACCUGCUGGUGGUGCCGGCCCUGCACAUCGCUGCCCUAACGCUCUUCGCGACAAGCGACAAGGGCCCGUACAAGCGCGCCGACGUGAAGAUAACUUACAUCAUCCUGUGCCUCACCGCCGCGUUGGAUGUCUUCGCGGUGUUCAUCCGGCAGCUGCUGUACCGGCUCAUGGCCAUGACGGCAGUCCCGGCGCUGUGCGAGACGGUGCCCGGCUUCAAUCUCAUAGACGCGGCGCUCCGGGAGAGCGAGAAGGGCUUCGGGUGGAUGUACAGGUGCGCUAGGUUCAUGGGCUACAGCUGCUGGGAGGAGUGUCCUCUUGUUGGCAGGCACCAACUUCGUGAACUGUACAGGAAAGUCGCACAGACUGUGAUCGCGGAUCUAGUGGAUGCCCGAGACCGAGACCUUGCCAGCUACAGGAUAUUUGACUCAACUCAAGAUACGAAGAAACCGACCAGCAACUGGGCUCUAAGUAAGGAACUGCAAGACUGUUGUCAUGACGUGACAAGAAGCAGCCUGAGCGUCUCAUUCGACCGGAGUGUCCUCCUAUGGCACAUCGCCACCGAUCUUUGCUUCCGCUGCAUUGAUGAUGAAGAGCAACAAGAAGAAAAAGAUGAAGGAGAACUAGAAGGAGGAGGAGAAGGAGAAGGAGAAGAAGGAGAAUUCGAAGGAGGAGGGGGAGAAUUAGAAGAAGUAGAAGAACAUCAACUACUACCACCACAUCAACAACGACAAGGAGGAGGAGGAGGAGGAGGAGGAGAGGAAGAAUUAGAAGAAGUAGAACAAGAACCACCACCCAAACAACAAGAAGGAGAAAGAGAAAAAAGAGGAGGGGGAGAAUUGGAAGAAGGACAAAAGGAACCACCACCACCGCAACAACAGAGAAGAAGAGACCGAGCACUACGGCUUCAUAUUGAGUGCACACGUGCAAUUUCCGACUACAUGGCCCACCUGCUCAAUUCCAACCCCGAGAUGCUGCUGACCGGCAGCAGGCACCAUCUGAUCUCCGAAGCCAUGCAUGAAGUCAAAUCCUCCUUUUUGUCGGAGGAUAGUAAGUUCAUCCAAAAGGAGGAAUUAAAGAAGCUCAUCAUAGCUGAUCCUAAGCUAAAGCCAGAUUAUGUAGGGGAUGAUGACACUAAAGUUUUCCACAUCAUAGAGGCACGCAAGCUUGCGAAAGAGCUGCUGGAGAUGCCAGACCCUACGCGCUGGAAUUUGAUGUACCGGGUGUGGCUGGGCAUGCUCUGUUACUCCGCUAGCAUGUGCAGGGGUUACCUCCACGCCAAGAGCUUGGGUGAAGGUGGGGAGUUCCUCUCUUUCGUCUGGCUUGUGCUCUCGCUCAAGGGGGCCAAGAGUUUGGCCGACAAGCUUCAGAUGCCGCCGGAGACUUAAGCUUCUGACGCCACCGAAUCAAAAGCACUCCAUCAGGAGGACAAGGCCGGGAGGGUGACUCGGUUACUUGAUUCGGCCGCGUGUGUGGUAGAUUGAUGUCGCUUUACUUGUUUGUUUUCUAUCUAGCUCUUGUGCAUGGUACUCUGGACGACACUCAGGUACAUCGCCUCACAUCUGUUUGCUUGUUUUUUCUGAUGCAGCGAUGCAUUCAUGCAUCUGUCCUUGCUCCUAUGUAUUACUAGCAAUGCUGGGUAAUCUGGUAUGUAUGCUGCUGCGGUGCUGCCCGCUUGUUUGUUGUCGUGUGUAAUUAACUAAUUAUUGGCCCCUCGUUGAGCUGGACUGGCCUGUCAUUUA